AUGACCAAACGUCGAGCUAAAAACGCUAAACCAACUGGAUUAAACAAAUCUCUGGGCAAUGCGUUGCAGAAUCGUGCCGAAAAUCGUUUCGCCACCACUUCUAGUACAGCUCCCGUCGUUUCUGAGGUAAUUAAAUUGUUUCUAUGUCAGUUUUUCAUGUUUUUAAGUUCUUUUUUAGCCGAAGUCUGCAAAAGUUUUGGCGUCCGUGACACAUGAAAACGCAUACGAAGAGUUUUUCAACAAUGCUGAGCUGGCUGGACGGGAUUUUGUAGCAAACAGAGGCGAUUUUCAGUUGUUACAAACGUGAGUAAAUCUUGUGUCGUUUUAUUCUUUUUUGUUUAGUACAACUUCCGUGGUGGAUGUGCAGAGUUUGCAAGAUAAGACGUUCGAAGACCUAAAUAAGAAGUUUGGCCAUCUGUUGAAAAUCCCGAGAAGACCGGAUCCGCAUAGUUAUUCUACACCUGAAGGUCUCGAGACCCAAGAGAUGAGGAAUUUUCUAGAAUGGCGCAAAUCCCUUGCCCAACUUGCGGAGGUAAAUCAGUUUCUGUUAAUAACUUGAGUGUUAUUUUAACGCUGUCGUUUUGAUAGGUAUAGGCGAUGAUGAUGCAUUGCACGGAGGACGGAUUAGUACGGAAAUAAUGUUGAAAGUUUUUAGGGAGACGGAAUUGUCCUCACUCCAUUCGAACGUAACCUAGAACUAUGGAGGCAGUUGUGGCGCGUUGUCGAGAGAAGUGAUAUUGUGGUUCAGAUUGUCGAUGCCAGGAAUCCGCUUUUAUUUCGUAAUGAGGAUCUGGAGGUAUACACAAGUGAAUUUGUACAUCCGAAAAGGUGCAUUCUUUUGGUGAACAAGGCUGACCUCCUAACUUCUGAACAAAUCGUAUUGUGGAAGGAAUACUUUUCCCAACAAGGGAUUGAAGCCAUAUUUUGGUCAGCUGCACUUGCUAGCAACGAAGAAGUAGAAGAGAGAGAAAGGUCAAAAAUGGAAGCUGUCGUCGAUUCAACGGAGGUUGGUGCCUUACUGUUUGUCAAUAUUCCUAUUUUAGGAGUUGAUAAGUGCCCUGAAGAAAGCUGCAUUUGACGCUAAGCCUGGGGGCAGCAACGUUACUGUGGGGAUGACUGGUUAUCCCAAUGUUGGUAAAAGUUCUACAAUUAAUAGGAUUGUCGGAGCCAAAAAGACUUCUGUCUCGGCUACCCCUGGAAAGACGAAGCACUUCCAGACUCUGAUUGUGGAUGAAGAGAUUACUCUGUGUGAUUGUCCUGGGCUGGUAAUGCCGUCACUUGGCUUCUCUCCAGCGGAAAUGUUGUUGAACGGUAACAUUUAUAGCUUUUUUUAAACUUUUGUUUUAGGCAUCCUCCCUGUCGACCAAAUGCGGGACUGUAUUCCUCCGAUUCAACUGUUAUGCAACCGAGUUCCAAGGGAGGCAUUGGAGUCAUUGUAUUCUAUACUUUUGCCUAAACCUGCCGACUUUGAAGAUCCAAAUAGACCGCCUACUGCUCAUGAAUUCCUGACUACAUUGGCUUUCAUGAGGGGAUUUAUGACAGAAGCUGGAGUUCCUGAUGGGUCAAGAGUAGCAAGAGUCGUUGUGAAGGACGUCUUCAAUGGAAAGUUGAAAUGGACAGCAGCUCCUCCAGGAAUCGAUCAGACCGAAUAUGACAAGUUUACUUAUAGAGACAUAAAAAAGUCUGAUGCUGGGAAGAGCGGGGAGGUUUUGUUAGACCAGGUAUGUCAUAUUGUCGUUCGCUGACAUUUUUUAGCUGAGGAAGAAAAAUUACUUGGUUACGGAUGGAGCUUUGGGAAAUGCGUUAGACGUUGGGUUCUUCAACAAGAAUGUAAGUGGUGGCGCACAUCUUAGAUCGGCAAAGAGUGAUAAGGAUGGAAGUGGCAAGAAACAUUUCAAGGGGAAGAAGGACAAGUUGCGGAGGAUACACAAUGAUUUGGAUGCAUGA